CAUCGCGACGGCCUCAGUGCAACAGAAGGAGACGGGGGGGAAAUUCGCGGCUCGAAACGGGGUGUAUAUAACGCCCAUUUAAACCCCUCUCAACAGGAAUAAAAUUGAAAAGCACUUGAGGAAAAGAGAAGAUAUUUAUUGCAGAAAGCGAAAUUCUCAGCAGGCAAAAUGGCCAACACCAAGUCCCGCGCACAAAAGAAAUACUUCAUUUUUGGCUCCUUCAUCCUGUGCUGCCUCGGGGCCUCCCUCCUGGCCUCGGCCAUGGCCACCAUGAACUGGUUCGAGGCCACCUGCCACACGGACCAAACCACGAGCACAGGAUCCAUCAACUUCGGUCUCUUUGAGGGCAAGAGAACCCUCAAGGACGGCUCGACGGCCACGCACAACCUGAAGGUUGUGUGCGACGCCGGGGACUGCAUGUACAGCUGCGGCAUUUCCAAGGAGCUGCGCGUGGAGCAGCUUCGCCUGAUCCGGGACGAGGAGUACUACUCGAACUGGGCGGUGAACAACUGCACUCUGCUGCUCGUGGCGAAGGGUCUCAGCCCGCCCUCCCUAGGGGCUCUCUGGGCGAAGGAGAAGGCCAAGACGAGGGCGGCGGUCUGGGCGCCGAAGGAGACGCGGGCGAAGGGGACUGAGGUGAAUGAAGAGGAGAGAGUUGAGGGUGAGAGGGCGUCCACAGAUGCCUCUCCGACUGCAGAGGAUUCUACGGAUAAUACGGCCACCCCAGGAAGCGGCCAAGCUGAAUUCAUGAACUACGGGUUAUGGGCAGGGACGAUCGCCUGCCUGUGUCUCGGCAUGCUGUUUGCGGUGGUGGGCGCUCUCUUCGCCGUCAUCAACACAGCCACCACGCCCGUCGAGGCAAUCACGGGCGUCCCCGGGCUCUAUGUGUGGAAUACUUUAGCAGCCGUGUUCAACCUGGUGUGCGUGAUCUGCUGGGCGGUGCAGUUCCACUCGCACCUGACGAAGAACGUCCUCCUCUACGACAAGGACAACGGCUGGACGACUGAGGGCAACGAGGUCUUCGGUUAUUCGUACUGGCUCGUGGUGGUGGCCAUCUUCGUCCACGUGGCCAACAUCCUCAUCAUUUUCUUCGGCACCUACGAACCCAAGGUCAAAGAGCAGAUGAAGGCCCCAGAGUCCAAGUCGGGAACCAUUAUGCUCUACUAAGGCAGGCGAUAGCGAGCGUAGGAAUAGGGUGGCCGGGUGCCCCCCUGAUUAUUAAUGUACGCUUUUUUUCCACGCUGGAGAGGGAGAGGAGGAGGGAGAGAGGGGGAGAGGGAGAGGAGGAGGGAGAGAGGGGGAGAGGGAGAGGGAAAGGGAGAGAGAAGGUGGGAGGAAGACGGAGAGAGAAGGAGGGGGAGGGAGAGAGGAAGGGAAAGGGAGAGUAAAGAGGAAAAAGAAAGGAAGAAGAGAAGAGAAGAGAAGAGAAGAGAAGAGAAGAGAAGAGAAGAGAAGAGAAGAGAAAAGAAAAGAAAAGAAAAGAAAAGAAAAGAAAAGAAAAGAAAAGAAAAGAAAAGAAAAUAGAAGAGAAGAGAUACAAAAUACAGGUCUUACAUACGAAAACCAGACGAGGUGUGAAAAUAUGUAAAUAAUAGAAAAGUAUUAGUAUGACUGGAGCCCAAAAUAUAUUAUUGUGAUUAUAUAUAUCUAAAAAAA